AAAUUUGUGAUUGUGCGUGCAGAGUGUAAUGUAGUUGUUUUAACUUAAAAAAAAUUAACACUUCAAGGUGUAAAAUAUAAAAAAUUUAGCUCUACAAACAAGGCGUUCAACAAUUCUAAGCUGUGUUGUUAUAAAAAGUACGCAUAGCGUACAAAAAUAUCCAAGCGUUGCCGCAGCGGUGCAGGAAAAUUAUAUACGUAUAUUCAACAGUGGCGCCACUUCUAAGAGGGCAUCAUCAAUUUCUACUAUUAUUUUGUUAGGGGAUGCCUGGCUGAUAGUGGCGGCAGUGCGACAAUAACCGACCAUGCCAGAAGCUACAAAGUUGUAAAGUGUUCACGUAAAAACUUUGGCAUAUUUUUGAAGAAAAAUUUAAACAAGCAUACACACAUAAAACACAAGCCAAUUGUACCGAUUAUCUGCUGAAUUGUAUUAGGAGUAGUAUGGGGCCGGUCACAGAGUCAGAAAAACAAAAACAUGACUAUACGCACAAAGUCAAUGAAAUGCAAAAAUKUUUGCCYUACUUGGAACAACGUAUUACAAAUACAACAUUACMAGAAGAAAACAACGAAGAAUUGCAGAAACUGAGAAUACUACAGCGAGUAUUACGUGGACAAGAAGCUGUAGAUGACAGUUUGACACUUGAAGAACUGGACAAAUAUGCAGUGUUACUACACAACGAUAAAACAAAAUCAUUGGCGCCGGCGCUGACGUUGACGUUGACGCCAACAGCGGCGUUUGAUAGGAAUAGUCAUGGUGAUAAGACCAUCACUUUGAGCCAGGCAGAGAAGUGUGGACAUAAGAAUGGGAAAAAUACGGCCAGUAAGGAAAAUGUGGAGACUUCCGAGCUCACUUCCUCCGAAACAACUACAAAUGAAGUUGAAAAUAAAGUACCAGUGAAUGAAGAAAGUUUAAUUCAAACUCAGGAUAAAUGUAAAAAAAAUAAUGAAGCAACCGGCAAGGAAAAUAAAUGCUGUGAAGCCUUUGAUACAGUUAACAAAAAUAUUGAAAAUGUUGAUGAAACGUUGCAAAACCAAAAUAAAAGUAAAUCAAAAUUUUUUGAAGAAGACACUCUAACUGUAGCACAUGAGAAGCCAAUAAAAGAAUAUGCGUCAGAAAGUGCUGAAUUGACAAAUGAUUGCGCGAAAUUCGAUGAAACUGGCGAAAAUACGUUAAAUAAUAAGGAAACUGAUGUUUUGAAGCCUAAAGCUAUCAGUAAAUUAGAAACCUCCGAUACAUUUAAUAAAAUUAAGGAAAUCGUUAAAGAAAGUGGAGAAGGGGAAAAUCCAAUUGAACACAAGAAACUUAUAACGGAAGACGUUGAAGAAUUGGAAUAUGAAGGUAUUGAAUUAAUAAAAAUUCCUGAAGAAACUGUAGAAAAUGAAAUGAUUUUACCUGACUCAGCUGAUGAAGAAGAAUAUGUGGGACACAAUAGUGAUGAUGAGGAAGAUAAGGAAAGUAAGAAUGCCGAAGAUGCGGGUAUUGAGGGAGAAGAGGAGCUUAUCAACUGUGGAGUUCAAAACAUUGUCGACAAAAUUCAAGACGAAAACAAGACGAAAGCAGAACAACAAGUGCAAUGUGGCAAGGGUAAGCAUAACAAUACGGAAAUUUUGAAGGAACCACUUGUAAAUGAUAACGAAGAUAGUACAUUUGAACAAGCGCAACCAACGGUCGACGAAAGCAGCGAUACGCCUACAUGUAGCACAGAGGAAAAUACUUCUUUACAUGUAGAGUUCGCAAUAGAAAUUCACACCCAGAUAGAUAAUGCACCAGAGUUGGAAGAAAUAACCCAUAUUGACGAUCCACUUGGACAAGUGGACAGCACACUAGAAGCGGUAAAUCUGCAAAUAAGUCCGGGAGCCGACGCACCGUCUACUGUAAAUAGUGUAAAAGUUUCUCAAGCUGUUUUUUCCGGCGUUAAAAAUGUAUUCACAAGCCCGGACGAUAAUGAUGAUGACGAUGUAGAAAUCAUUGAAUCGCGCAAUUCACCUAUUUGUUUGGAUACAGACGAUGAAGACGAUACGCAAGUCGGUAAGCUGCUUGUCGACCCUACACCGAAUACAACUAUAACUCAAAAGUUUAAUGACAAGAUAAAUGCUAACAAAGAAAAACGCAUUCAAGGAAACAAAACAACUUCACAAUUGCCUCCCACAAUUAAAACAACUAAAUCUAUCACAGAGACCAUAAACCUACUCGACAGUUCCGAUGAGGACGAGGUGAACAGCAGCAACGCAAAUCGACGUAGCAAUCGUCGUAUCAUCAUGCCAACAGUUACCAGAUCGGUUAAAAUAUCGGCGGUUACUGCAGGCAAAAAGCGCACACUAUUGCCAAUGUCACAAGCGCCGAAAUCACUAAAAGUUAAUAAAGUUUGUACGCGUGGUUCAACUACUACAGCUGGUCGCACAUUGCCCUCCAAUACAACCGCGGCUGAUGGAGGUGUUCAAAACACAACUAGGAGUGUUAUACUUUUCCCGCCUACCUUCAAGCCUACACCUCAGUCAAACUUUUUAAAUGCAGUAAAUUUACUACCGGCCGCUGCUACCACAGGCGAUAAUCCGCCCGCUUUCGCCGCAACACUUUCAAACAAAAAUAUUAUCAUACCAAAUGCUUUCUAUGCUAACCGACGGACUACCAACUCUAAGGAGGAAGAGGAUGACGCAUCUACACAGGGCACCUCAUCGACAUCGACAGGUUCUAAAACGUCGCCAAUACUGAUUACACAACAACUAGGGCGCAGAGUAUAUCGCGAAUGGUUGGAAGAAUUCAUCGAGAAUUUUGCCGACCCGCAACAGAUUGUUUCACACUCGUGCCUAGUACUACUGCAAACUGCACUCAAGUACAAAGUAUUCUUGCGCAUCAAAGACCUGCGCAUUGCCCUUAAUAACAAAGCCUAUACAUCCAAUGGUACUGCGGACGCUCAGCUUAGGCGUGAAAUGUACAAUGCAUUUUACUUGAAUGACUGUCGAUUAUCGGGAGAAGGUAUGCGUUUUUGUACAGCCGCAUGUACACAAAUUGGCAACAAUGUCACACUAAUGACAGAUGCGCGUACCGGUCGUAUAACGCUGCGCACGAGCAGGUAUGAAGAGCUGGUAGCCAAAUAUGGCGGUACCAACGACGUGAUAGAUGAUAAGAAGAAACGAAAUAAGUAUGAUGAGGAAUACACACCAGCCAAAUACUACGAAAAAAAAGUGGAAGAAAGUAAUACUGGACAGGGAGAACGACGGAAAUCGUUGCGACAACACCGUACACGUUGUUACGAUGAAACCUUUUUAUAUGAGCCAGAGGAAGCGGAUGAUGAUGAAACGCCUACCGCUGAGAAGAAAGCUGCCACUGACAAACGGAGACAAGAUGAGCAAAUGAUGGCUUUGGUGCAGCGUAAGGCGGAAGAGAAACGUCUGGAGGCGAAACGACAACGUGAGCAACAAGUCAAAUCCUUUGAAAGUGCCUACUUAGAAAUGUUUGCCAAAUCAUUGCGUGGGAAAAAUGGGAAAACAGCAGCUGCAAUGACUAGUGGUGUUUCGUCGCAAAGUCGCAGUAAAAAUGUUUUCACUGAUUUCACAAGUACCUCCACCAAUAGUCAAAUUGUCAUCGAUGACGACGAUGAACAGGGCCUUGAAGAUGACGAACCACGCUCACAUCGUAUAUACAAAGUAGUACCAACCCGUUUAUUAGCUGCACCGAAACACACCGAAAGGCCCACUAUCGUCAUUGAGGAUGAAGAUGCGCCCCGACCGAAACGUGGACGACCGCGCAAGCAGGAUCUCACCAAUGUAAAAAUGCAACCAAAGCAAAGUGACCCAGAGCUAAUUACAUGCGAUAGUACAUCUGGUGAUUCGACUAGCAUUGAUGAUGAACUACUAAUUCAACCGGAUGAAAAAGUGCCUAAAAAUGUUGACGCUAAUUGGCAUGCAGGCAGCGAUUGGUGCAAGAUUUGUAAUAAACGUUUUCCACGCACAGUAUCGCACUACGUCAAUGAACAUCCGGAUAGUGAAGUGUUCAUUUCACGUCUACCAAAAGCAGUUUUGGCACGCGUGCGGAAACAAGGCGGCCAAAUUCUGGAGAUGCGUCCUUACAUGAAUGGCCAGGAACAAUAUGCAGCAGAAUGUGUAUUUUGCAAUAAGACAUGCUGCUUCAAGAUACCAUAUUGGUAUCAACAUUUUUCGAUGCAUACUGGCGAAUACGCCUUUCGUUGCAGUGGUUGCAAUACACGCAAAACAACCCGUUCCGCAAUGAUGGGACACAUAAAUCAACCUUGUAGAAAACGUGGAAAACUACUCGAAGACUAUAUAUAUAAUGCACGCGCCAGACAAAUUGAAAUGCGUGUUUGUAAGAUAUGUAAUUAUAUGCAGUUAAAUCGUCGUAAUGUGAUGAAACAUUUACGCACUCAGCAUGGUCUAACGCCGUUACCGGCAAAACAUAUCUACAGUGUAAUCUUACUGCGCUUACCUCACACGGAAAUGGACAAAGUUCACGUGGAUAACGAGUUGAUGGAUCUAAGCAGCGGUGCCGAUGAAAACAGUAGUCAGAUGGCAAUGACUUUUAAUUACGAUAAUUUCAACGAUGUGGACCAGACCGGAUUCUGGGACGAUGGCGAUCCGGAUCCGGAUGACUUGUCCUACAUGAUUUGCGGCAUGUUAGACGUGGAGCUUAAGCAUAGUGACGAAUAAACGCUGAAUGUUAAAAUCAUUACUUUAUCAUAUCAACAUCUCAUCGCGUUCUGGUUUAUAUUCAUAUAUGGUCAUAUGCCAUUGAACUUUUAAUUUCACUUGAAUUUUUUGUUUACUUACAAAUUUUGUUUUUUUAAUUAGUUGACUUUAUCUGCUAUUAAUAGUUUGUAGAUUUAGAAGAUCUACACGCAGUUUAACAUAUAGAAUUUAAGGUACUUUGACUUCCUAAAGUAGCAUUAUUAUUUUUGUUUUUUUCUCCUAUGUUUA